AUUUGUUGUUGGUAAAAAAGGUAAAGCGGGCGGGCGUGCGUGGAACUGAAUUUAAUUCUCCGUGUCACAAUUUUCGCAGCUGUCUUUAAUGCCCAGCACAAACCAACAAACAAACAAACACAUCAACAGUAUAAGAAAACGAUAGUAAGUCGGGAAAAUCAAAGUGCAAAUCUGAACUUAAAAAAAGCAGAGAGUGCGAGCAAGACAGCGCAUGCUGGGCGCCGCAGGAGCUGUAGAAGAAGAAGAAGCAGUGAGAGUGAAGUUGACUGGAAGUGGAGUGGAAAAAGAAGAGCGAGAAGAGAGACAGCGAAAACAACAAAGAACGACCAGUCGACUCCAAAAAAUCGCCCUUUCAAUCUACCUCCAAACACGAGCAAAAUCCUCAUUCUAAUAAAAAGCUCAAUAACUAAAUGAGUAAACAAAAUAAAAAAAUGCACAUAAAUGCGCCCUAAAGAACAUCUCAAAAACUAAAAAGGGCCAUCUGGAGUGGGCAGAUAAAAGCAGCUGACAAAAAAAAACCUAUUAAUCCCAUACCAGCUUUCUACGCCUGGAAGUAGCAAAGGUAAAGCGCAAGAGAGGGGGGAGUUAGCUCCCUUAAACCCCACGAACCACAAAACUCCAUUUGGACCACGAAAUAAUCAUAAGCACGAAAAAGCCCAGACCAGACCAGUUGCCUUUUUUAGCCCGCCACAAGAUGGCGUGCCUUAACACCCUGAAGCAGGAAAUCAAAACGCUAGAGAAGAUCUUUCCGAAGAACCACGAGCGUUUUCAGAUCCUCAAUUCCAGCGUCGACGAACUGCUUUGCCGUUUUAUCGAUAAGAAUGGAAAGCGGUACGAUAUUCACGCCAACAUAACGGAAACCUAUCCCUCAUCGCCGCCAGUUUGGUUCGCCGAGAGCGAGGAGACGAGCGUCACAAAUGCUGUUCAAAUACUUAGCAAUACGAAUGGACGUGAUAAUCACGUGAUCAAUCAGGUGGGCAUACUGCUGCGUGAGCUGUGCCGCCUUCACAACGUUCCACUGCCACCCGACAUCGAUAAUUUGGCUCUGCCGCUGCAAACGCCGCCGCCAUCCGCUUCCCCCCUUCGCUGCGAGCAGAGACCAGGUGGUGGUGGAGCGGGGGGCGGUGGCGGACCCCACGGCAACGAGGAGACCGAUUCGGAUCAGGAGGAGAUCGAGGAUCCCAUCGGAGAGAGCGAACAGGAGAGCGAGGGCGAUGAGGACUUGCCGCUGGAAAUGGAUGAUGUACGCAGUACAAACAAGAAGGACGACAUGGAAGUGGAACACCUAGCGACUCUAGAAAGACUGCGUCAAAGUCAGAGACAAGACUAUCUAAAAGGUUCCGUUUCGGGUUCCGUGCAGGCAACCGAUCGCUUAAUGAAGGAACUACGCGACAUUUAUCGCUCAGACGCCUUCAAGAAGAACAUGUAUUCUAUUGAGCUCGUCAAUGAGUCGAUUUACGAAUGGAACAUUCGGCUCAAGUCUGUCGACCCGGACAGUCCGCUGCACAGUGAUCUGCAAAUGCUCAAGGAGAAGGAGGGCAAGGACAGCAUACUGCUCAACAUCCUGUUCAAGGAGACGUAUCCCUUCGAGCCGCCAUUUGUGCGCGUCGUCCAUCCGAUUAUCUCAGGCGGCUAUGUGCUCAUCGGUGGUGCCAUCUGCAUGGAAUUGCUGACCAAACAGGGCUGGAGCUCGGCAUAUACCGUGGAAGCGGUUAUCAUGCAAAUUGCAGCCACACUCGUCAAGGGAAAGGCGCGCAUCCAGUUCGGGGCUACCAAAGCACUGACUCAGGGCCAAUACAGUUUGGCUCGAGCCCAGCAGAGCUUCAAAUCCCUGGUGCAGAUUCACGAAAAGAAUGGAUGGUUCACCCCGCCCAAGGAAGAUGGCUAAAACAAGAGAGGAGUCCACUGAUGAACAUCCUUCCUAGAAUAACGCAUGCCAGCCCACACCAAUCAACACCACCCCUCACACCGCCAAAAUUAGCCUGUCCACAUCCGCCAAGCACACAUCCCGCACUCACUGCCGGCUGGAUCUGAUAUGUCUGAUGUCUGAUCUGGUCAGGACCAAUAUGGACGAAGCGCCCAUUUUUAAGAAGAUGGCCCACACAAUAAUUGCUUGCAGGGUCGAUGUAUGUUUAAGUGCUCCGUUGCAUUCAUAUGUAUAUGCCCACUCGUCUUUUCUGUAGUGUGUAGUGAAGCCGUGUAUCCUGUACAGAGUCUUGGAAACUGAAGCUGCAUAUAUUGGAUAAAAGUGUCAAAGAAAUGAGCAGCUGAAGAGUGUAAAAUGUCUAUGUCUAUAUCUGUUAUGUAUAUGAGUAUGCUUUUUAUUUAAAUUGUAAAUGUAGUGGCUUUGAACCUUGCAAACAGCAACCACAAUCCCCAUACACUUCACGCACACCCACACACACCCCUAAAUUGUAAAUUAGUUAAGUCGAAAUGUAUUCUUAUUUAAGUUUAACAAAUCCGUGGUAUCUUAUAUUUUUCCCUUUAACUGGUAAGCUAGCCACACAAGGAAAGGCAUGUUGGCAAAAGUUGAUGCGAUGUCGAUCGGAAUAGAUAUAUAUAUCUAUACAUACAUAUAAUUAUACAUAAAUAUAAAGAUAUAUAUUAAUAUUAGUGCGAGAGUUUAGCUUAAGCAGAAUAAUACAGAACGAUGCGUCGAAGAUGAGCAAA